AUGAGAAGCCUCGGGGUGUUGAGGCAAUGGCCUCAACUAAUUUAUGCCUUUGGUUUCCUGUUAAUUGCAACUGUUAUUGCUGGGUCAUAUCCACCUUACUCAUACAACUCUCCUCCACCACCAUCACCGUCUCCACCACCUCCAUAUGUUUACAACUCUCCACCACCGCCUUCACCAUCACCUCCUCCUCCGUAUGUCUACAAAUCUCCACCCCCGCCGUCACCAUCACCACCACCUCCUUACGUGUAUAAAUCUCCACCUCCUCCAUCCCCGUCACCUCCGCCACCAUAUGUGUAUAAGUCUCCACCUCCCCCUUCACCAUCACCUCCGCCUCCAUAUGUGUAUAUGUCACCACCACCACCUUCGCCAUCACCUCCACCUCCUUACAUUUAUAAGUCUCCACCACCACCUUCCCCAUCUCCACCUCCUCCUUAUGUUUACAAGUCUCCACCUCCUCCAUCACCAUCUCCACCACCUCCAUAUGUGUAUAAAUCACCACCGCCACCUUCACCAUCACCUCCACCUCCGUAUGUUUACAAGUCUCCUCCCCCACCAUCACCUUCACCACCACCUCCAUACGUUUACAAGUCCCCGCCACCACCUUCACCAUCUCCACCCCCUCCUUAUGUUUACAAGUCUCCACCUCCUCCAUCACCAUCUCCUCCACCUCCAUAUGUGUACAAAUCACCUCCUCCACCUUCACCAUCACCACCACCUCCAUACAUUUACAAAUCUCCUCCUCCACCAUCACCCUCACCUCCACCACCGUAUAUUUAUAAGUCUCCCCCUCCACCGUCGCCAUCACCUCCACCUCCAUACAUUUACAAGUCUCCUCCUCCACCGUCGCCAUCACCUCCACCUCCAUACAUUUACAAGUCUCCUCCUCCACCAUCACCAUCACCUCCUCCUCCAUAUGUGUACAAAUCUCCUCCUCCACCAUCACCAUCACCUCCGCCGCCGUAUGUUUAUAAGUCUCCUCCACCACCUUCACCAUCUCCGCCCCCACCAUACGUUUAUAAGUCUCCCCCUCCACCAUCUCCAUCACCGCCACCUCCUUACAUUUACAAGUCCCCACCUCCGCCUUCCCCAUCCCCACCACCUCCAUAUGUGUAUAAGUCUCCUCCUCCACCAUCACCAUCACCACCUCCUCCAUAUGUCUAUAAGUCUCCACCUCCGCCUUCCCCAUCCCCACCACCUCCAUAUGUGUAUAAGUCUCCUCCUCCACCAUCACCAUCACCACCUCCUCCAUAUGUCUAUAAGUCUCCACCUCCACCAACACCGUCGCCACCACCUCCAUACAUUUAUAAGUCCCCGCCACCACCUUCGCCAUCUCCACCACCACCGUAUGUAUACAAGUCUCCUCCACCACCAUCUCCAUCACCUCCUGCUCCGUAUGUCUAUAAGUCUCCACCCCCACCAUCACCAUCACCACCGCCUCCAUAUGUUUACAAGUCUCCCCCUCCACCAUCACCAUCGCCACCACCACUGUACAUCUACAAAUCCCCUCCUCCGCCUCCAUACGUGUACAAGUCUCCCCCACCACCAUCCCCUUCACCCCCUCCUCCAUAUCUUGAAGCUUUUAGAUUAGGAGUAAAAGCUCUAUAUAUGAAUGCUAGUCAUGUUAACGUUUUGGAAAAGCUAUCAGCUUUUGAGAACCCUUAUGGAUACAAGCCUCCAAACUCUAAUGGCUGGAAAUUGCCAAAACCCGUAAAGCAUACACAACCAAAUUCACCUUAUGUUUACAAGUCUCCGCCACCGCCAUUUAAGCACACAUGGCCACAUCUACCUUACCUCCACAAAUCUACCCCUCCUUCUUAUAUCUAUAAGUCUCCACCACCACCAUCUCCAUCCCCGCCACCACCUUAUGUGUAUAAGUCCCCUCCUCCACCAUCACCUUCCCCACCACCUCCAUACAUAUACAAGUCUCCCCCUCCACCAUCACCUUACCCACCACCUCCGUACGUUUACAAGUCUCCCCCUCCACCAUCACCUUCACCACCACCUCCAUACAUUUACAAGUCUCCCCCUCCGCCAUCACCUUCCCCACCACCUCCAUACGUUUAUAAGUCUCCCCCGCCACCAUCACCAUCCCCACCACCUCCAUACAUAUACAAGUCUCCCCCACCACCAUCACCUUCCCCACCACCUCCAUAUGUUUACAAGUCUCCACCGCCACCAUCACCUUCACCACCACCACCUUAUGUAUAUAAGUCCCCUCCUCCACCAUCACCUUCCCCACCACCUCCGUAUAUUUACAAGUCCCCUCCUCCACCAUCACCUUCACCACCACCUCCAUACAUUUACAAGUCUCCCCCUCCACCAUCACCAUCCCCACCACCUCCAUACGUAUACAAGUCUCCCCCACCACCAUCACCUUCCCCACCACCUCCAUAUGUUUAUAAGUCCCCUCCACCACCAUCACCAUCUCCACCCCCUCCUUAUGUUUAUAAGUCUCCCCCACCACCAUCUCCAUCACCUCCUCCUCCGUAUGUCUAUAAGUCUCCACCCCCACCAUCACCAUCACCACCGCCUCCAUAUGUUUACAAGUCUCCCCCUCCACCAUCACCAUCGCCACCACCUCCUUAUGUUUAUAAGUCCCCACCACCACCAGCACCAUCUCCACCACCUCCAUACGUUUACAAGUCUCCCCCGCCACCAUCUCCUUCACCACCACCUCCAUAUGUUUACAAGUCCCCACCACCACCAUCACCAUCUCCACCACCUCCAUAUGUUUACAAGUCUCCCCCUCCACCAUCGCCAUCACCACCACCCCCAUAUGUUUACAAGUCUCCCCCUCCACCUUCGCCUUCCCCACCACCUCCUUAUGUAUACAAGUCCCCUCCACCUCCAUCUCCAUCACCUCCUCCUCCAUAUGUCUAUAAGUCUCCACCCCCACCUUCACUAUCCCCACCACCUCCAUAUGUUUACAAGUCUCCCCCGCCACCAUCACCAUCCCCACCACCUCCAUAUGUUUAUAAGUCUCCCCCACCACCAUCACCUUCCCCACCACCUCCAUAUGUUUACAAGUCCCCUCCACCACCAUCACCAUCUCCGCCUCCUCCGUAUGUUUACAAGUCCCCACCGCCACCAUCACCAUCUCCACCACCUCCAUAUGUUUACAAGUCUCCACCGCCACCAUCACCAUCUCCACCACCUCCAUAUGUUUACAAGUCUCCACCUCCACCAUCACCCUCCCCACCACCUCCAUAUGUUUACAAGUCUCCUCCUCCACCAACCCCAGCACACAGCCAUCCAUCUUACUUUAAGUUGCCACAUCCACUACCAAAGUAUCCAUCUCCUCCAGCUUACUUCUAUAAGUCUCCACCACCACCAAAGAACCCUUAUGGAUACAAACCUCCAAACUCUAACGGCUGGAAAUUGCCAAAACCCGUAAAGCAUACGCAACCAAAUUCACCUUAUGUUUACAAGUCUCCGCCACCGCCAUUUAAGCACACAUGGCCACAUCUACCUUACCUUCACAAAUCUCCCCCUCCUUCUUAUAUUUAUAAGUCCCCACCACCACCAUCACGAUCCACACCCCCUCCAUACAUUUACAAGUCACCUCCACCUCCAUCACCAUCCCCACCACCUCCAUACGUCUACAAAUCUCCACCACCACCAUCUCCAUCCCCACCACCACCUUAUGUGUAUAAGUCCCCUCCUCCACCAUCACCUUCACCACCGCCUCCUUAUGUUUACAAGUCCCCUCCUCCACCAUCACCUUCACCACCGCCUCCUUAUGUUUACAAGUCCCCUCCUCCACCAUCACCUUCACCACCGCCUCCUUAUGUUUACAAGUCCCCUCCUCCACCAUCACCAUCACCACCACCUCCAUAUGUUUACAAGUCCCCUCCUCCACCAUCACCUUCACCACCACCUCCCUAUGUUUACAAGUCUCCACCUCCACCAUUGCCUUCUCCACCACCUCCAUAUGUUUAUAAGUCUCCUCCUCCACCGUCACCGUCCCCACCUCCUCCAUAUGUUUACAAGUCUCCUCCUCCACCGUCACCUUCGCCACCACCUCCAUAUGUAUACAAGUCUCCACCACCACCGUCACCAUCUCCACCUCCUCCAUAUGUGUACAAGUCCCCCCCUCCACCAUCACCUUCACCACCACCUCCAUAUGUUUACAAGUCUCCUCCUCCACCGUCACCUUCGCCACCACCUCCAUAUGUAUACAAGUCUCCACCACCACCGUCACCAUCUCCACCUCCUCCAUAUGUGUACAAGUCCCCCCCUCCACCAUCACCUUCACCACCACCUCCAUAUGUUUAUAAGUCCCCUCCUCCCCCAUCACCUUCCCCACCACCUCCAUAUGUGUACAAGUCUCCUCCUCCACCGUCACCGUCCCCACCUCCUCCAUAUGUUUACAAGUCUCCUCCUCCACCGUCACCUUCGCCACCACCUCCAUAUGUAUACAAGUCUCCACCACCACCGUCACCGUCUCCACCUCCUCCAUAUGUGUACAAGUCCCCCCCUCCACCAUCACCUUCACCACCACCUCCAUAUGUUUAUAAGUCCCCUCCUCCCCCAUCACCUUCCCCACCACCUCCAUAUGUGUACAAGUCUCCACCUCCUCCGUCACCGUCUCCACCUCCUCCAUAUGUGUACAAGUCACCACCGCCCCCAUCACCGUCUCCACCACCUCCAUACGUUUACAAGUCUCCGCCACCACCAUCACCAUCUCCUCCACCUCCAUAUAUCUACAAGUCUCCCCCUCCACCAUCACCCUCCCCACCACCUCCAUAUGUUUACAAGUCUCCUCCUCCACCAUCUCCAACACACAACCAUCCAACUUACUUUAAGUUACCACAUCCAUUACCAAAGUAUCCAUCUCCUCCAGUUUACUUGUAUAAGUCUCCACCACCGCCAAGGAAUUAUUAA